AGGGCGGGGACCGCAGGACCACGAGUUCCCAGCCCGGCUCGGGUCUCCCAGCUCAGCUCCGCCGCUGCUCCGCUCCCUGGCUCCGCCGUCAGCUUCCCCACGCUCCUCAGCCCUGGACUCAGGAGAGACCCUUGGGGACAAAACCAAAAGUACAUUACAGCUGAACAAGAUCUUCACCUUCAAUUCUCCCAAGAGGAUUUUGGGGAGAAAGUCACACCCUGACUUUAGUGGUCUUUAUUUUUCCUUUUUCUAACUCCUUGGGCCAACUUUGACAUCUUUCCUCUAGUCUUUGUCCUUUGGAAAAUCCUAGCAUCUAAGAACAGCCUUCUGGAGGCAGUGUUUUGGGUUGGGAGUUUUCAGAGGAGGCGUUACAAGCAAGCUGUGGAUUGGGCAGUCAAUACUGUGUGUUGAGGUCACCAUGUCCACAAAGGUCCCCAUCUAUCUGAAGCGUGGCAGCCGCAAGGGCAAGAAGGAGAAGCUGCGGGACCUGCUAUCCUCAGACAUGAUCAGCCCACCACUGGGGGACUUCCGUCACACCAUUCAUAUCGGCAGCGGUGGUGGUGAUGACAUGUUUGGAGACAUCUCCUUCCUGCAAGGCAAGUUCCACCUCCUGCCAGGAACAGCAGUGGAAGAGCCUGAGGAGGAUGGCAGCUUUGACCUCCCCUUCCAGUUCACCCGUACUGCCACGCUGUGUGGGCGGGAGCUCCCCAACGGGGCAUCACCUCUGCUUAAGAAUGCCAUCUCCCUCCCAGUCAUUGGUGGUCCCCAGGCCCUCACCCUGCCCACAGCCCAGGCCCCACCCAAGCCCCCUCGCCUGCACCUGGAGACUCCGCAGCAUUCCCCACAGCCCUCCCCGGAGGAAGCAGGAAAUGUGGACAUCUGGAGGAUUCCAGAAGCUGGCUCAACCCACAAUGGGUUGACCCCAGAGUCAGAAGUUGAGGAGCCCUUCCUGUCCCAUGCCAGCUCUUUGCUGUCUCUGCACGUGGACCUAGGGCCCUCCAUCCUAGAUGACGUUCUUCAGAUCAUGGAUCAGGACCUGGACCGAGUACAGAUCCCCACAUAGGCCCCUUGGCUGACCAGGCAGGGCACCAGUUGAGAUGAUGCCAGUGAUUAUCACUUUGGGCCUUUGUUUCCCUCCCUCCCCCGAAAGGGCUCAGAAUGCCAUCUUGCUUUCUUCUAACAACCCACAGGGGCCACGUGCAGAAGUCAGCUCAGUGUCCUGAGCAUCUUGGGUCACCUGGAUUGCCAUUGCCAGUUGUCCCCUCUUCCCUCGGUGCUUUUGGGGCAAGGGUCUACUGAAAUGGACCUCUUUUUUCUGCUUCAGCCUCAUUGGAUGCCCUGAUUGGGAGGUGGGGGAAGAGGUAGGCUGUUCCUGACUUCUAUGCCCUGCCUCAUGAGCUUUCCACACAAGACCAGGUGAUUCUGGUUGCAAUAAAACCUGCUGCUGCUGGUG